AUGAAGAAGCUGUGUGCUUUCUCUAUUUCAUUUUUGCUCCUGAAGUUUUUUCCCUUCUUGUGCUGUUUGACAGAACCCAUUUGCUUUUGGAGGAUGAAAAAUAAUGAAGACAAUGAUGGAGAUUUUAGAAGUGACUGUGGUUUUUUACUUUGGCCAGAGGAGGGACCUGUUGAAGACUAUUUAUAUAAUAAAAUGAUUGAUUUUAGAAUACCAGCAAGAAGAUACGAGUUUUUUCUGGUUAUGUUUUUUGCUACUGAGGAGAUUAAUGAGAAUCCUUAUCUAUUACCCAAUAUGUCUUUGAAGAUUGCAACCAUGCUUGGUCUGUGCCAAGAUACGUUGGAAGUUCUGGAUAUAAUACAUUCACAACAAAUGUAUAGUGAGAAAUUUAUUAAUUAUUUCUGUGGAAUACAUGAAAUUUGUUAUGUAGACCUUACAGGCCCAUCAUGGAAAACCUCCUUAAAACUGUCAAUUCAUUUCUGGACACCAAAGGUUUUCUUUGGACCAUUUAAUCCUAACCUAAGUGACCAUGACCAGUUUCACUAUGUGCAUCAGGUAGCCACCGAGGAUACACAUUUGUCCCAUGGAAUGGUCUCCUUGAUGCUUCAUUUUAGAUGGACUUGGAUAGGCGUGGUCAUUUCAGAUAAUGACCAGGGAAUUCAGUUUCUCUCAGAUUUAAGAGAAGAAAUGCAAAGUCAUGGGAUCUGUUUAGCUUUUGUGAAUGUAAUACCAGAAACCAUGCAGAUAUACACAACAGAGGCUAUGAUAUAUGAUAAACAAAUUAUGACAUCUUCAGCAAAGGUUGCUAUCAUUUAUGGUGAAAUGAACUCCACUUUAGAAGUCAGCUUUAGAAGAUGGGAAUAUUUAGGUGCUCAGAGAAUCUGGAUUACAACUUCGCAAUGGGAUGUUAUCACAAAUAAAAAGGAAUUUAGCCUUAAUUUUUUCCAUGGGACUGUCACUUUUGCACACCACAGCAGUGAGAUGCCUAAAUUUAGGAAUUUUAUGCAAACUAUAGACACUGACAAAUACCCAGUAAACAUUUCUGAGUCUAUCCUGGGGUGGAAUUAUUUUAAUUGUUCAAUCUCAAAGUACAGAAAUAAAAUGGAACAUUUUAAAUUUAACAACACAUUUGAAUGGAUAGCACUGCAAAAAUAUGACAUGGCCCUGAGUGAAGAAGGUUACAAUUUGUAUAAUGCUGUGUAUGCGGUGGCCCACACCUACCAUGAACUCAUUCUUCAACAACUAGAGUCUCAGAUACCAGCAGACUACAAAGGAAUGUUUACUGACUGUCAGCAGGUGUCUUCCUUGCUGAAGACCAGGGUAUUUAUGAACCCUGUUGGAGAACUGGUGAACAUGAGACAUAGGGAAAACCAGUGUACAGAUUAUGACAUUUUCAUCAUUUGGAAUUUUCCAAAAGGAUUUGGAAUAAAAGUGAAAAUAGGAAGCUAUUUUCCUUGCUUUCCACAGAUGCAACAACUUCACAUAAUUGAAGACAUGGACUGGGCCACAGGAGGAACUUCAUCCAGAGCCCAUGUGGCUAAAGUGCUUCUUCAUCUGGGUCUCAAUGUCGCACCUACCCAGGAGGUGAAGAAGGAGGAUUCUUGUGGCCAGCCUCCUGGCAAAAAUGGCGACAUUGUAGAGCUUGGGAAGCUGUGUGGCUCACGCUGUCUUUCAAGAGUCCUUCGGCCUAGUCUGUUGGUUUCAUUCUUCUCUGUGUCAGGCUUGGGGCCAUCGUAG